UUGGCUCAAGUCGCUCAACAAUAUAUCUGCGUGCGUUUCUGUUUUAGACGAGCCUUCGCGUGUUUGCAGCGCGCUGGCAAGAAAGGAAGGAGACGGGAGAAAGAUCGUCGCUACGUACAUGCAGACAGAGAAUAGGUGCCACAAGAUGUGCUAUUAUGAAGGAUUGAAAGAUAAAAAGUAAAAGACACUCGACUGAAGAAUUCGGCAACAACCAUCAUCAGAACUGUACUUUGCUUCGGACUCCAGCAGGGCUUCUGCCAAAAACACUGAGGUGAAACAGUGAAUAAUCUCGCAAAAUAUUUUACAAUUUUACUUUUUGGUUUUGUUUUCUCCCCUUUUUGGAAAAAAACACGUCCAAACGGAUCCAAUGAAAUGAAUUCAUGUUUGUAUUGUAACCUGUAACUGGUAAUUUAAUACGAACAAUAUCGAAAUAGUAACGGUUUAACACGAUCCCUAUCUCAAGGGCUUUUCUUACCCCAGAUCUUCUUGCUACAACCAACAAUACCCCAGUACCUUUGGCUGGAAAGGAAAUAGCAGAUAUCUCACAAAGCCUGAAAAAGACAAUAUCAAGGAGAAGUUGAUGCUGGAAGUAGUAGAAUAAAGAGUUGUGCCUUUUAAAGAAGUUAGCAAGUGGACAAGGUAAGAUAAGGAAAUGGAGAAAUGGAGAUUUUGUCACACUUAACUGAGGAUUUUUUCCCAUUGAUUUUUGCAGCAUCUCACAAAACAAAAGCCAGAUUCUUGUGCAGAAAACAUCCAUUUUCCCCAUUUCCCUAAAACAGCUUGCCUCACUAUUUCUUUGGUGUUCCCACUUCUCCACCUAUUAACCCAUAUUUUUGUCCUUUACUUUCACCAGACCUUUACAGGUUGUCUUAUCAGUCCUCAAUCCAUACCUUUUCUCUUCACUUUCAUCCUCAAAUUUUCACCCCCCUUCUUUGAUACUCUAUAUUUUCUCCCUGUUGACAUUUUAUAUCUCUUCUUUUAGCUAUAUUUUUCUUUAAUUCGUCUGCCAAUUCCAUGUCUCAUUCCUCCAUUUCUUCUUUAUCUCAUAUGAUGGUCUCUGGGCCACUCUGUGCACGUGGUUAGGUCCAGCCAGCACCAUUACGUCCCAAGGCGAAGAAAUCUUUUUCACGCUGGCUGCCUCCUGGCUGAGUUGCCGAAAGCAUACCAUUGGGGCUGCUGUAGGUGUAGCCAUGGUUCUGGUGCUCUUAGUUGCCAUUCCCCUCUUGGUUCACAACACAAAAUCAGGAGGUCUCGGUAGUGGCACCCACUAUGAAAUGUUGGGGAGUUGCAAGAUGGUGUGUGACCGAUACACAGUGACACAGAACAGCCAGGAACUUGCUGCAGUCUCCCCAGCACCGGAUUUCAUAGGCCGAAGGGGGAAGCAAGGAUAUCGUGGACCUCCAGGCCUCCCUGGCCCAGCGGGGCCCCCUGGAGAACCAGGCAAGCCCGGCCCACCUGGACUCCCAGGACCUGGCCCUGGUGGCUACACCCAUACUUACAGUCCAAAGAUCGCCUUCUAUGCUGGUCUGAGGAAGCAGCACGAAGGCAGUGAGGUGCUUAAGUUUGAUGAUGUAGUCACCAAUGUGGGCAAUUACUAUGAACCCACAACCGGAAAGUUCACCUGCCCCCUGCCUGGCACCUAUUACUUCACUUACCACGUUCUGAUGAGAGGAGGGGAUGGAACCAGCAUGUGGGCAGACUUGAAGAAGAAUGGACAGGUGAGGGCCAGCGCCAUCGCUCAGGAUGCAGAUCAGAACUAUGACUACGCCUCCAACAGUGUAAUCCUGCACCUGGACGUGGGCGACGAAGUGUGUGUGCAGCUGGACGGGGGCAAGGUCCACGGGGGAAAUACCAACAAAUACAGCACCUUCUCUGGAUUCCUCAUUUACCCUGACUGAGCCCGUCCCCUUUACCAAAAUGAGCUACACAGAGACUGCUGGAUGCUCAGAUCUGCAAGCAACACACUGCACAUACAACACACCCAUCUCACAUUAAUGCACAGUCAAGGCUUAUAGAACCAUGUCUAAGAAACCCGAAAUGGCUUGUUAGCCAGAUAACCCGGAAUAUUACAGUCAGGACAUGACCCUCAUAAUUUGAGUGUGCAAACAUCUGUAAAUAUAAUCGUAGACAUACCUGCACAUACAUAAGCUAAUAUAUAUAAGCUGAUAUAUCUGCUUUAUAUAUAUAUAUAUAUAUAUCAUAUAAAAUCACCUCAGACUCAUGUCAUAUGAUUUAGAAAUUAUGCAUGAUGAGGUCUAAUUUUUUGAGUGCAAUUUCAAACUUAAAUUUAAGUUCACUGAAGCUACACUGAGGCAGGAAUACUGAGCUUAAUUUCUGGAUAUGGAUGGAUGGAUGGAUGGAUGGAUGAAGUGACUUCUUUGGCUGCCAAUGUGGAAUUGUAAAUAUGGCAGGAAAACUGGGGCCAUAGGAAUUCAGAUUGAAGAUAAGUAUCAUUCCAGCCACCUUGCAACCUGGGAUGGAUUUCCAAUAUGUCUAAUGACACUGCCCAAGAAAAAGAAUUAAUUUAUUGAUUGUACCAACAAAUGCAUUUCAUCCAACAAUUAAACUCAAUGAAAUAUUUUACUAUAUAGGCAUAGUUAUGAUACUUGGAGAUGAGAGGAGAUACUUUGACAGACGUGAUGCAAAUCCUCAAAACACACACAAAACAAAAAACUCUGCAAAUCCAGUCACAACACAAUGGAAGUGAAGCCACAACAUGACACGACAAUGAAACGAGACAGACCAUUUGGGAUGGGCAGUAUAUUCAAUGUUUGCAGUAUGACAAUAUAUUUUCAAAACGAGAACAAUACUGUUUAUAUCAACAUACUCUUAUUGAGUGUUAAAAUUAGGGCCCUAUUAAAGAUUUUGAAUUGACACCAAUAGAAUUCCUUCCUGUUUGUAAGCAACGUGAGAGCUUUGGUUGUAACAUUGCACAGAAUCCCAGAUUUCACGGCUAAAAUCAAAUCAAGUUGUUCAUCCGUUGUGUUGUGGCUCACUUCCCUUAUGUUUUGAGGAUGAGCUUGAGUAUCACCUUUUUAACUAUUUAUUAGCAACAUAUUAGCUAAUGUAGAUCAUGUGUUGUCAUUUGAUUAAAGUAUUUUAAGAAUUUGUAGCACACUGUCGCUAAUGGGCCACUGUAAUAUAUUCCUCAGUUUCAACCACAAGUGUUUGUCUGCACUGAUAGCAUUUAAUAUCUAUUUAAAGUUAUGUUUUCUGAUAAAAGUACAGAUUGUUGUCUCUGUGCUAUGCAAAGUGAGCUGUGUAAUUGAUGAAAAAGGAAAGAAAUAAAAUACUUAACUGCCUUCCUCUGCUUUAUCCUAAAUCAGCAUUCAAUCAUUUGUGAAUAUUUGCUUACUUAUAACAACCUGCUGCUACGGUCUCGCUAAGGGUUAAAAGCAAACUACAAAACAUGUCAUCCAGUACAGGAUUAACGAUAUAUACUCAAAGUAUCCAUGAAGAAUCCUGUGUAUUUUGUUAGUUCGGUCAUUCACCGUGAAUUUUGACAUUCUAGGGAGAGAUUUACACUCAUAAUAUCGAUCAAUGUGUUACACCCUUUCCAUAAUUCCACUUCUAAAGGUUUAUUGCUGAAUACAGGGCAGUUUAGCUUUACCUAUAGUAAAUGGGUUAGCAACCACAUGUUAAACAUUUAUGUGACUAAAAUUACAAGCUAAAACUUUCUAUAUUUUGUAUAAGAUCCAAGAUGCUGCCGUCCAAAGGCGUCGUGCUACGAAUCUCUCUCAUUAUUUUGUGUGUUUUGUUGAUUUUUAGCAUCUUAACAGAUGUAAUU